CGAACCGUCGUGCGCGAUAGUUGUGUCGCGCCGUUUGUCGUAUCGUGCGCUUGAUUAUGUGCGUGUUUCUGUGACAUGUGCUCUGUUGAUUGAGUGACGCCCUGGAGGGCUGAUUUGUGCUUAUUGUAUUCGGAAUUCUUUUAUUUGGUGACGGCAUGCUGAAGCACGUAGCGGUGUCACCGCAUCGCGCGCGCGCAGACUCCGUCAGCCUCUCGUCUUCCGCGUCCUGCUGCAGCCUCGGCAGCCUUGAUCAUCGCCACGACUCCGUUGGGGACUUGUCUAAUCGCACCACCACAAUCAAAGUCUACGCGCGGUGUCUUCGCCCAGACAUCGAAUACAAAACCCUCUCCGUCACCUGGGGUACCACAGCCAAGGAAGUGGUCUCCACGCUACUGGGGAAGUUCCGCAUGAGGCACAGAGACCCUCGGCUGUUUUACCUCAGUAUGGAAGUCAGAGUACGAGCUGCUGGUCUUCGAACCACCCUGGUGCUGGAUGAUGAUGCAAGACCGGCAGCGCUACAGGCCUGUCAUCCUAAAGGAUACUCCAAAUUUUCUCUUCAAAUGCGUCCUGGGGGUUUGGUGAAGAUUUAUGACUCCGCUCUCAUGUCCUCAUCCCAGUAUAAGUGCCUGCUUACAAGUGAGAGGACCACUGCUGAUGAGCUCCUGGCUAUCCUCUUGCAUUGCUAUGACUCAACGGAGGGCGUUGAGAGAUUCUCGUUGUAUGAGGUUUGCCCAGCACAAGAAUACGAGAGGAAACUACACCCAGACGACCUUCCACUUCUGGUCCAACGCGCGUGGCCCUCAGACAGUGACUGCCACUUCAGGGUUCGAAGGAAUCCCCGAGCCCCCCCCUUGCCCCCACGGACGAUCCCCCUCCCAGAACCACAAGAAGAACCUUCCAGGGCAUUAUCAGCUCUAUCCCUUGAGUCGGAUAGCGAUAACCGAAGGUAUAGCCCAGUAUAUAAGUUCCCAAGUAUAAGUUAUUGCAGGGAAACAAAAAAUGAUUAUUUGUAUAUAUGACCACGCGACGUAUAUAUGUACAUAUGGAAAGAACCAAAGAUGGAUGUUGUUUGAUAUUCAUAGUGUUAUUUGUAAAAAAUAAAUCAGUUAUUUUAGUUAAAGUACUCUUACUCACAGUAAACAGUUGACAGGAGAUGUAAGAGUACUUAAUAGCACAAUUCAACUGGUUUACUUUUUAAGAGAGUAAUGGUUAGGAUUGUAACGAAAGAUCUGUCUUUUUGAAAGCGAAGGAAGUGCGCAAUGGUUUUAAUAUGUUUCAUACGCAAAACAAACCGAAAUCAGUUUUUAUUUAAUUAAUAUUUUCUUUCAAUUGUUAUCGUAUGGUAAUCAUUAAUAUAAAUAAAAUAUUGUAAUGUAUUUGAAAUUAUCUGUUAUAUCCAGUUAUUAUUAAUUAAUUUUAAUACAAAGUUAUUAGGUUGUCUCUAAAUUAAAUUCAUGUUAAGGACCACGUACUAUUGCGCAUACGCAUAUGAAUAAUAGUAAUUAUGAUUAUUUCGUAUACUUUAUAACCUUAAAUUAACUUCUGUAAAAACAUUUCGUUAGACGGAAAUAAAUAAAAUAGUUUUGUACUGACAUUUUAGAAUUGGUGUAAAUUGUAAAUAAAAUUAAUAUAAUGUAGCUAGUAGACACCAAAGAGGCGAGAAGUAUAUUGUUAUGUGAUGUUUUAUUUAUUUUUGGACAAUGUCCACUGAAUUAAACGAUGUAAUAAAUAUGAAUAUGUUUUAAA